AUUUUUCUCCGAAAUGUCGCGUUAACGAAAAAAUCGGGCGAACCGGAGUGGUCUGAAACAUCCGGCACAUUUGCAUACAACAGACGCGAAGAGACCGACGCGCAAAUAUUCAAAUCGAGCGACGAAACAGCAGCGGCUCGAGAAUUCGGCGGCUUACAAUCUGUUACAUUUGAUAUUAACAUCGGAAAUAUCCUUGCCGAUAACUUGGAAUUCAGCAGUGAUAACGGCGAUGCGGUUUGAAGCUCCCGCCGAGAGGCUCGUUCAAUCAGAGACAAUCUCGGCCUUCUCAGUUACAAAACGACAUCAAUGUCAACCGAGCGGUUGCAGCACAUCGGAGUACACGUCGUUGUCGUCAUCAUCGUCGAACGUUGCCUCUGCGAAAUCGAGCGUGCAUUUCUCAGAGCGCGAAAAACGCGCGCGCUUUUUCCGUCUCUCUCUCUCUCUCUGUUCCGCGAGGUUAAAAUUGUGCGCGCCAAGGUGAACAAAUCGCUCUGCGAGCGGUGAUCGUCGCUCGACUCGCACUCGAACUCGCUGCUGCGAUUGCGAGCCUGCCACCGCUACGUGUACGUAUAAUCGCAACAUCUCCAGAUCAGCUCUAGUAACGCCAGCUACGUGCUCAGUCACGACCGCACCGACACGGUCGGACGGCGCUAAGUUCAAACGAAACGAAAGUUCGAAGGAACUCUCCGGAAGCUCCGGAUAGAGGGAAAAGAAAAUAGGCGAAGGAAAGGACUUCUCCUUUCUUUCUGUAAAACGCGACAAGAAGAAGCUACGUAAUUUUUCCCUACCAACUAACCAACGUACGCAAUUAACAUUCUACGCCGGCGUCAAUCGACAACAGUUGAAGAAUUCAAGACUCUUGGAAGGUGGAACUCAAAAAACAAAAGUGAUCGUGAAGUUUGACCUUCGUUUCAUUCGGCCGUGUGCACGAAUAAUAAACAAAAGCGAUAACCCGCGAAGUCACGCGAUAGAUUGCGGCGAUUAAGCCGAGCAAGAACUCGGCUCGUUCUCGAUGCUCUGCUCAUUUCUGUAUAGUGAGCUAUUGCUUGUUGCUAUGAAACGAUAAGAUAGGGGAGACGAUAACGCAGGUAUCACAACGUGAGUCGAUUGGCUGCUUCGUACAAGUAGAGUUUAAGACAUGUUGUUCGUCGUGCGCAAGACACUCAUCAGUCGCUUCUACGAACUUUUCGUGAGAAGCACGUCGUUGCACCGCAUCAGCACCGCUACUGUCAGAUCAAUGGCGGCCGUCGCAAGUUACGACGGGCAGGUCGUGCCCAAGGACGAGGUCGUCAGGUUCAUCGAAGACUGUAUGCGCAAGGCGGGCACGAGAGCGGAGGACGCUCACGUGGUCGCUCAUCACCUGAUGACGGCGGAUUACAGAGGCCACUUCAGCCACGGGAUGAACAGGAUGCAAAUGUACGUGAACGAGAUCGAGAGCAGGCUCACUGAUCCCGUCGCUCGACCGCGGGUCGUCAGCGAUUUUCAGGCAACAGCUCUCGUGGACGGUGAAAACGCGCUGGGCCAGGUGAUCGGCAAGUAUUGCAUGGAAAUGGCGAUCGAAAAGGCGAAGAAAUUCGGCAUCGGCAUGGUGGCAGCUCGUGGCUCCAACCACUACGGCAUUUGCGGCUAUUACACCAUGAUGGCGAUGGAGCAGGGUCUGAUCGGCUUCAGCUGCACCAAUACGAGCCCGCUGAUGGCGCCGACGCGCAGCACGAAGGCCGCUUUAGGGACGAAUCCAUUGUCUUUGGGUAUGGCCGGCGCGUGUGAAGGGGACGAGUUCGUUCUCGACAUGGCGACGACUGCGGUCGCGCUAGGUAAGAUCGAGCUGGCUAUCCGAAAGGACGAAGACAUCCCCGAGGGCUGGGCGCUCGAUUCUCAGGGGGAAGUGACGCGGAACGCCCAAGAAGCUUACGACGGUGCAGCGAUGAUGCCUCUUGGCGGUACCGAGCGGACGUCCGGCUACAAGGGUUACGGUCUCGGCCUGAUGGUCGAGAUACUCUGCGGGGUGCUUACCGGAAGUCAGUUUGGACCGAAUAUACGAAACUGGAAGACCGCCGACCGCGUCGCCGAUCUCGGACAGUGUUUCAUGGCGAUCAACCCGGCAGCAUUCGCGGAGGGAUCCAAGGAGAGACUGUCGACCUUGCUCGAGCAACUGAGAGACUUGCCCGCGGCCGGCGCGGUACCAGUCCUGGUCGCCGGAGAUCCUGAGAGGCAACACAUGAAGAAAGUCGACAAGGAAGGCGGUAUCACGUAUCAUCCGAAUCAGCUGAAAGCCUCGGAAGAGUUCGCCAAGCUCAUGGGAGUGCAGCCGAUGAAACUCGUCCCUAAGUCUGUUUGAGUAUCUUUAGAUAGAGAAACCACAAACGGUCAAAUAUAGAUUACAAGUAUAUUAAAGUACCUUCUACUUCUCAAACAUGAGUUGGCGAUUUGUUUAUGUGUCGCUCGAAUUACAAUAAUCUUUCUUUCUCUCCCCCUUCGCUACUCGUCGUCAAUUGUUUUUACCUCAGUGGUAAAACAGCUCGCGGUGUUUGGAACUUUUUAGACAGUGUUUUGUGUGUAGCAACAACCGAGCAAGAUUAGUAGUUACGUCUGUUCCCGACGUAACGAUUCAUAUCAAUUGUAAUACGAAAAACUAGUCGUCGAAAAUCUAUUUUUACCCAAUCAAACUUGGGGGAUAAUAAAAAUGAUAUCGUGAAGA